AGCAUUGGCAGGCGGAUUCUUUACCUCUGAGCCACCAAAAAAGACCCUCAAGAAAACAAGUAUUUGCAUAAGGUUUCCGACAGAUGAAGGCAGCCGCAAACCUAGGUACCAGAACUUGCAGUUCCCUGACCUGGCUUCCUUUAGCCUGCUGAGCUGGUCCAACACCCUGGACAGCGCCUGCCACUGGCGCGAGCAGAAGGCCGGAGUGUCCGGAUCAGGUGCCCAUGCGAGGGCCCAGGUGGGGCCAACCUGGCGCAGCCAACAGGCCGACACCUUCGCCCCCCGCAACCCCCACCCCCGACGUUGGUUCAAAGGGUCAAGCCCCGCCCCCUCCAGGCCCCCGAGCCCCCUUUGAAGUGCUGAUGCGGGCUGGAAGGGGCCACUUCACACCCCGGGGCUCGGGGAUAAAGCGGUCGCCGGCCGCCAGCCCCCGGACGCGCCGCCGCUGCCAUGGCCCAGUCCCUGUGCCCUCCGCUCGCUGAGUCCUGGAUGCUCGCGGCAGGCUGGGGUCCAGCUCAGCCGCCGCAGGCCGCCGGCGCGGACUGCGGCUGCUCCCCGGCUUCGUCCCCGGACUCGUGGGGCAGCGUCCCGGCCUGCAGCCCCGUGCCGAGCCCCGGGAGCCCGGCCACCCGCGCCUCCCUCCGCGGGCCGGCAGCAGGGAGGCGAGGCGCGCGCGGCGGCCGCCUGGGCGCUGGGCAGCGGCAGAGCGCCAGCGAGCGCGAGAAGCUGCGCAUGCGCACGCUCGCCCGCGCCCUCCACGAGCUGCGCCGCUUCCUGCCUCCGUCCGUGGCGCCCGCCGGCCAGAGCCUGACCAAGAUCGAGACGCUGCGCCUGGCCAUCCGCUACAUCGGACACCUGUCGGCCGUGCUGGGCCUCAGCGAGGACAGCCUGCAGCGCCGGCGCCGGCAACGCGGCGACGCGCCGCCCCCUCGGGGCUGCGCGCUGUGCCCCGACGGCCGCCCCGCAGAGGCGCAGACGCUAGGCUGCUGCUCCGGCUCUGCCGCGGGCGCCGCGGUGUCCUGGGGGUCCCCGCCCGCCUGCCCCGGAGUCCUGGCAGCGCCCGAGCUGCGUGACCCUCCGGUGCUUAACGACCGCGGGGCGGCGUGCCCGGAAGGACCGGCGAUGGAGCCGAGCCCCUCAUCCCCGCUCUUUCCCGGCGACGUACUGGCCCUGCUGGAGACCUCGAUGCCCCUCUUGCCCCUGGAGUGGCCGCCGGCCUGAGAAGUUGAAGUGACGGCGGACAUCUGGCGCCCAGUUCUGUGAGCACCGACGCCUUUUUGGCCUCCGCGCCUUCGAAGCGGUCCCUCUCCAGACUCCCUUUCCUGAAAGAGGGCACCGGAGAUACCGGCAUGGGCAUCGCUGAAAGUGAAAGCCGGUCCCCACCUAGGACGGACUUCCGCAACCCCUCCCGUGAUGGAGGGGCUCAGAGGGUAGACACUUGGACACAGGGAGGAGCUCUGCCUAGUAUGUAUUUAUUUAUUUGUGAAUAAACUCGGUGCUGGUGUCAGUUGGCAAGUUCUUCCUCCACGGGGACACAAAGCUUCCCUCCCCUCCCCCAAAGGACGUCAGGGAUUUGGGAGUCCCCAAAGCACACAGCCUCAGACCCCUUCCUCCUUGCCCCCAGCCCGGUCUUAGCACCUCUUUACUCCCGACGGGCCCGCCUGAAGGGGGCGGGGCUUCAUUUGAGAAAGCGGCAGAAGCUGUCUGUCCACCCUUUCUUUGAACCUGAAUAAAACCAAG